CUUUUUUGGUUAUUUUGUAAUGUUAUUCAAUUUUCAUGCGUGUUUGAAUGCUUAUCUAGAAAAAAGCUGAAUUCCGGGGUCGUCUGUCUGUAUUCUUCUCAAAAUUUUAAACCUGUUAAGUUGAGCGUUGUAUUCAAAGAGUUUUUUCAUCGUUCUGAGUAGACUCAUGAACAAAGACGACUGCUUUUGGUUUUGGUGGUGACCUCUUUGGAUUUAAAUAUGGGUAGUUUGUUCUCUAGCUUAGGUCUUACGGGGUUAUAUUGUUUAAGAGCAUAGUCUUGGAUUUGUUUGUUUUUAUUUUAGUUUUUGACUUUGAGUUACUGGUCAUUUUUAAGAUUGAUUAUGGAUGAAUGUAUAAAGUUGCGUUUGAAGCCUCAUAGACUGUGUUUUGAAGUGAUCCAGCGAGUUUAACAGCUUUUCCCAUCACCUUUUUAUGUAGAACCCAAAAGAAUAGAACUAAAAAUUUUCCCUGCAUUGGGUCCGCAACUUCUUUGCUUGACAGAUUUGUCCAAGUUUAUGUAGAGGGGUUAUGGUUCAGUUUUCUCUAAUCGCUGAAAACAAAUAUGAGUUUCCAUGAAGGUUUGAGAUCUAAUGGCUUUCAGAUUCCAUGGGAGAGAGAAGGAAAUCAUUUUAUGCUGCUUAGUUACUGAUAAAUCCUGCUCUGAGGAAAGAAGAUUGAUCUGACUUCUAGAAUUGGUUCACAUAGAGCGGCUCAAGAUGACUUGUUUUCCUUCAUUUUUCAGAAAGAAGAGAGUUCCAUCUGGUAAAGCCUCUGUAGACGUUAAAGAAGAUUUUUCAAGCAUUCAUGAUACAACCAUCUAUACUUAUGGAGAGUUGCGAAGGGCAACAGAAAAUUUCAGUGCAGCCAAUAAAGUAGGACAGGGAGGCUUUGGUUCUGUCUACAAGGGAAGGCUUAAAGAUGGAACUCUGGCUGCUAUAAAGGUACUAUCAGCUGAAUCAAGGCAAGGCGAACGAGAGUUUUUGAGAGAGAUAGAAGUAAUUUCAAAGAUAAGGCAUGAUAACUUGGUUCAAUUGCAUGGUUGUUGUAUGGAAGCGAACCAUCGAAUUUUAGUCUAUGGCUAUCUUGAGAAUAAUAGUCUUGCACAAACUCUUCUUGGUAGAGGGCACAGCAGUAUACAAUUCAGCUGGCAUACACGACGUAGUAUUUGCAUUGGCAUUGCUCAAGGGCUUGCUUUCCUUCAUGAAGAGGUUCAGCCACAUAUUGUUCAUAGAGAUAUUAAAGCAAGCAAUAUUCUCCUGGAUAAGAACCUCAUGCCCAAAAUUUCAGAUUUCGGUCUUGCAAAGUUUUUUCCACCCAACAUGACUCACAUCAGUACACGUGUUGCUGGGACAGAAGGUUACCUUGCACCAGAGUAUGCCAUACGGGGUCAGUUGACGAGAAAGGCAGAUAUCUAUAGUUUUGGUGUUCUGCUACUAGAAAUUGUUAGUGGGAGGUGCAACACAAACAAGCGUGUAUCUAAUGAAGGACAAUGUCUGCUCGAAAGGGCAUGGGAACUGUAUGAAAAAGGAGAGCUAUUGCAAUCGGUGGAUGCAUUAUUGAACAAGGAUUACAAUGUUGAAGAGGCUGACAGAUAUUUGAAGAUUGCUCUCCUCUGCACCCAAGAUAUGCCAAAGCAACGGCCAGCCAUGUCUACUGUGGUCCAGAUGCUAAAAGGUGAAAUAGAUUUUAGCGAACAGAAAAUUUCAAAACCUGGCAUGCUUUCUGACUCACUUGGCCUCAAAGGUGGCAAGGGCCAGAAAGACGAGUCUGAUGAGAAGAUCAAAGCUUUUACUCUACCUGCAGACUCUGGCAAGCUCGGUGGCUCAACUUCAUCUUCAGGAAAUAUGGCUACCUCUUAUGCUACCAUGACCUUUAACUCUAUAUAUGACCGAAGCAAUUAAGUUGAUAAAAUAUUUUUGAACUCAUUAUUUUAAUUUUUCUUCUUUCCUCAAGAUCAAUAGAGUUUGGCUUUGGAGAGUUUGAUAUGUGAGGUGCUAACAAAGUGGUAUCUGUAAAUGUUCUGUAAUCUAGUAGGUAAUCAAUCUAGUUGAUUCUUUUUCCA